GUUUGUCCGAACAAAAAUCAUGAGACAAAAUGCGCCUUCCCAAAUUUUCACGUAAGGUUACUGGUCUUGCCCGAAUGUAUGACGUCAAUGCCGCCUGGACGGAGCUAAGUGUCCGUACAGUCCGAAAUUCAUCGUCAUCAUAUAAUUCACAUUGUAUUAACGUGAUUUGUUUCAAUUUUACUUGACAACUUUUUUGCAAUCCGAAUUCAUACAUUGUUUUCAAUGUUCAAGUCAAGAUCUCAAAAUUGAGACCAGUAAAACAAUAUUCGUCUUUACACGCUUCUAUUGAACUGUAAGGGGUAUGUCGCCGUCGAUAUUUCAAACACCAAUCACUUACACGCCAAAAUGGAGACCGAAAAAUCCCAAGAUGCAGGAAAUCGACGGCAAAAACCAGGUCGAAGUCCACCACGCACGUUCAGGGAACGUUUAUUCCACGCGCUGCCAGAUUAUGUCGGCCCGUACAGCGUAGGCGUGAUGGAGAUAGAGAUGCCGGUACGCGAGCCGCGGACGUUUUCACGCAUCAAGCGUAAUCAUAUGCAUGCGUUGCGGAUGGAUACAGUCCUCUUCACUAUUUUCUACCCCUGCGAUGCUUCGUCUUACGUACCCGACAAGGGCAAGAUGCCAUCUAAAGCCACGUGGUUACCGAGGCCGCGCGCCUUGACCAGUAAGGGCUACGCGAAAUUCUUCAGUGUGCCGCAUUUGCCUGUUACCGCAUAUAUUGCGGCUACGACCAUGUUUACCAAGCUUCCGGCUUUCCGGAAUGCCAAGCUGGCUGGUUACUACGCCGACGCGUCGCCUCCUUCGUCUUCUAGUGCUCACAGUCAAGACACAUUGACGGAAAGGAGUGAAGGAAAACCCAGGUUUCCAGUUAUCCUCUUUAGCCAUGGGUUAGGUGGCUCCCGAACGUGUUAUAGCGCGGUAUGCGGAGAGUUAGCUAGUAACGGUUUCAUUGUCGUUGCGAUGGAACAUCGAGAUGGCAGUGGUGCGCGUUCCUAUGUCAAUAUUCCGCCGAGUGGGAAGUUGGCCUCCGAUCUAAAGCUCGACGAUCCGAACCCAAAACGUUAUUACAAGGUUGAUUACAUCUUCCCCGAGGACAAUGCCCAAGAUACGUCUCCGCAUAAUGCUCGAGGUGUAGACACCGAGCUUAGGCACGCUCAGAUCGAAAUGCGCAUGUCUGAGAUCGAAGAGGCCUAUCAUGUUCUAGAACUUCUUAAUAAUGGGCAAGGUGAUCGGAUACAUGAGAAUAAUCUGAGAAAGAAGGGCAAUGCAGGAUCGAGCUCUAAGGGGUUAGAAGGCGUUGACUGGUCUGCUUGGAAAGGUAGACUCUUUCUAGGAAAUAUCACAGCGAUGGGACAUUCUUUCGGUGGGGCAACAACAGUCGAGAUUGUUCGUCAGAGUGACCGCUUCCCCUAUAUUAGUCAAGGCAUCUUACUAGACACGUGGGGACAAGCAACACCAAAACCAGGAGAAAUCACUCACCAAUCGCUACAGAAACCUCUUCUAGCUAUCAACUCCGAAGCAUUCAUGCAUUGGCCGGAAAACUUUGAGAGGUUAAGCGAUAUUGCCAGAGAAGCGAAGGACGGGGGUGCUUUUUGCUGGAUGAUGACUAUCAAGGGUUCUACUCAUUUAUCCCAAACUGAUUUUGCUAUAUUGUAUCCGCGAUGGAUGUCGAUAUUCAUGAAAACAGUGGUCAAUCCUAGACGAGCAGUGUACCUAACUGUAAAUUCCUCCUUAGAAUUCCUAAGUCGAGUACUACCUCCCGAGUCUAUUGCAGGCAAUGCUUGGGUGAAUGAAGGGAUCCUUCAAACUAGAGCGCUUAUCGCGGAUGAGCUGCCACUCGGACACCGACCUGACAAUAAAUGGAUGGCUUCUCGUCUUAGGAUACCCAACGAGUUAUGGAUUCGAACUACCCACUGGUUUCAACCAAGAUCCAAGACGUCAAUGGUGGCUACUGACGUAAAAGGGAGACCACUGAUAAGUUUGGCAAAUUAUGCACCCGGAAGUGAGGUUUGGAUGCAUGUUAGUCCAAUUCGGGAAGAGCCGUAACAUGCGAUUUGAU